AUGGUCUACAUCACAUCAGACCUCUUUGGUCCUGUCGACACACACAAUCAAUCGUACAACUACUGGCACACCAUGACAGACUCACAACAACAUGUCGCGGGCUUGGGGAAACGAAAAAGACUGCAGGAGACAGACGUAUCUCACCCAAACCGGGGAGCCCAUCCACAACAUUCGCCAGCCUUCGAACACAACAACGACCGAUCGUACGCGUCCUAUGCACCAGCUCCCGACCGCAGAACCUCAGAGCAUCGUCCCGUCAAGCAGAUCAAACGGGCCAGUCACAAGCUUGCCUUUGUCAAGUCAACAUCACAUCUUAUGGAUACCGAUACCCCAAUGGGCCUCAAAAUCGCCCAGAGCCAGCAACACGCUGUAACAGACUUACGAGCAUGCCACGCAUGCAAAUCAGCGCCGAGGCGGAAGAGGGAUCUGGAGAACUACAUGGAUUGUAUGCGCUGCCACGGCCGAACAUGCUUCAUCUGCGCACGUCAGUGUCUAGGAGUUUGUGGGAUGAAGGUCUGCAGGGAAUGCACUUCGGAGGUGGGAGAAGAGGGAGACUCAUGGUGUCUGGACUGCUUCCAGAGGGACCAAUACUUGAAGCAUUGUUAA